GAGUGUCAGUUUUGAAGGUCUAGUCGGGUGUCACGUUUCAGCAUAUUAUGUUCUUGAGAAAUCUCUUUACCAUGAUGCAUAUGCAAUAGCACUAAGCUGUUUUUAACGAUUUUUGUAAAGACAAAACAGAAGAUAUAACGUUUUUAUAAAAGGGGGCGUUCGAAACGUUACAGAGUGAUGCUGGGCUUGGGACAAGCCCAGACUCAACAACUUCUCCCACAGUAAGAUGGUCUCGCGCAUAGUUUAUGCGUGGCAUCAACAGAAGGAUGCAGCCUGGUACUGUGGACUACCACUCGCCCAUCGCACAGAGCAAACCUCUCUUCUCACUCGUCUCUUCCUGCUCUGGAUGAUUCAUUCUUCGGUGCUUCAAGCUCAUGGGUACUUCAUGUAUGACUCCAAGGCUGUUCUGGGCGACUGCCAAGACUACUGGACCUUCCGGGAGCGCGAGCGCAUCCCUCUGCUCUUCCAGGUGACGGUGUGCGUGGACGUGCGCGUGCUCUCGCCGGGCCCCUGGCUGGCGUUCUCCUACAGCUCCCCCCGCGCGCCGCGCUACGACCUGGCGCUGGAGGGCGAUGCGGGCUCGCUGCACGCCUGGCUCCUGGGCGUGCGCCACCACUUCCCCGUGCGUCUGGAGCCCCAGGCCUGGCACCGGCUCUGCCUGCGGCGCGACUCGCUCCGCAACACCUUCAGCCUCGAGGUGGACGGCAGGAGCGACGCCCAGCACCAGCGCACCGUCAUCGCCCGACUCAUCCCCCCCAACGGUGAGCUGACGCUGGGCUGCCGGCCGUGGGAUGCCCACCCUGGGUCCGACCCCCGGGGGAAGGUGGAGCUCUACCUGUUCCGCGUGUGGGAGGACGUGGAGCAGCACCAGGCCUGCGAGGACGGCUCAGUGGCCGGCUGGGAGUCGCGGAUGUGGGCCGUCACUCACCCCAGGACCCAAGUCCGGGAUGACCAGCUGUAUUGUGGCAAGACCAGGAGGAAACGGAACAGUGGUGUCAAAUCAGGAGGCAGUUCAUCAAAUGGAUGCAACAAUAAUGGCCAGAGUAUUAACCAUAACCCCAAUUGUGAUAGCAGUGGUGAAAUGGUCGCAACUACAGGCUCUCCAGGCGGCAAAGAGUUAUUUGUCUCCACAGCUGCGCCAGGCCGGCUCUCCAGCACCUUGCUCUCCCUCCUCUCCAGCAAGCUGACCCCCACCCAGCCGACAGGACAGGUUGUGAUGCAGUGCAACUUCUCUCAGUUCUGUUCAAACAAAACAUCCCAUUACUGGAUGAUGAUCAGUGUAACUGUGCAGGGACAAGCAAAGACGGAAGCAGAUCUUAAAGCCUGGCUUCAUAAGUCAGUCAGCCAUGUUGAGACCACAGAAAUAAACUGUACAGACAAGACCAAUAUAAAGAAGACUAACUGCACUGUGCAGCUGGGGCUUAGUGAGCCUGUGGGCCCAUGUGGUCUGAAGCAGCAGCUACAGGACGCAGCCAAUAACGAGGGCAUCCAGGCUACCAUCCACGGCAAUGUGGAGAGAGUUGGUAAAGGCCUCUGUGUUGAUGAAGAUAUGCUGCCCUCUGGAGGAGAGUUUGUGAGGUGCACCUACCCUCAGCCCUAUGCUGGAAUGUGCACCUCUACCCAGGCUGUCAACGUCACAUGCUCUGUCAUGGACUCUGAGUACGUCCCUGCCACCUCCUCUGACCCUGAGCAAGACUCCUGCCCAAUUGAACAACAAGAUAGGUGUAACUGUGAAUCCUUCUGCAAUGAUACACGAGAAUAUUAUUACGCCUUGCGUCUGAACAUCACAAGUCCCUCCAUCAACCUGACAGACAUCCAGAACCUGAUCUUCAAAACCCACUCAGACUGUGAUUCAGACACGGAGCAGGCUGUCUGUGAAAACAUAACUCAGGCAUUCAAACAUUUCCGGGAGAUACAUUUGGAAUGCCAUGGAAAUGAAACACGGCUUCACAGCUGUAUGGUUGCUCUGAUGCUGAACAAGCAGCUGGGCGUGUGUGAGGUCAGCAGAGUGAUGGCGUAUCGGCUGCAUCAGAGCAGAGGGGUCUCUUUCGACGGGCGCCUGUCUCGAAUGGCAAUGUGUGGUGGGUCCGAUUCACCUGGCGCGAGGCUGCUGGACUCUAACCUCUCCUGGUUCUCGUCCAGCCUCACUGUGCCUGACUUCUGUGCUGCUCAACUCAACAGCUCCCUGACAUGCAAAAAGAAUGAGACCAAGGCAGUACUUCUCAGUGAUACCUGUCAGGAAACCUGGCCAGGAAACCAUAGCAACACCACCGCCACCACCACCACUGCUGUUCCUCCAAACACGACUCAAUUGAACACCACUGCUGUUCCUCCAAACACUACACAAUCUAACACUACAAGUGUUUCUCCAAACACUACACAAUCUAACACUACAAGUGUUUUUCCAAACACGACUCAAUUUAACACCACUGCUGUUCCUCCAAACACUACACAAUCUAACACCACAAGUGUUCCUCCAAACACGACUCAAUUUAACACCACUGCUGUUCCUCCAAACACUACACAAUCUAACACUACAAGUGUUUCUCCAAACACUACACAAUCUAACACCACAAGUGUUCCUCCAAACACGACUCAAUUUAACACCACUGCUGUUCCUCCAAACACUUCACAAUUGAACACCACAGGUGUACCAUACACUUCUCAAUACAAUACAACAUUAACACAAAACAACACUGAAUUUAAUGACACAACCUUACAGCAUAACACCACCCAGUUUUACACCACAACGCUACCACCAAAUACCACUCAAUUUAACACCACAACUGUUCCUCAGAACACUACACAAUUUACCAUAUCAACACAAAACAGCACGUUGUUUAACUCUACAACAGUAUGGAGGAACAGCACCCUAUUUAGCACCACAACACCAUUUCCACUCAACACAACACAAAUGUAUACAACGAGAAAUGAAUCAUUACACAAUGGAUCGUACAUGAACACAACUGCUUUGCCCAUUAAUGUUACGCAAUCUGCCACAAUUUACACGUCUCUGAACUCAACAAACUUUAUCACAGCAGAUGUAUCACCAACUUCCUCACAUAAUAUCACCACUUCAAGCCCUCAGUUGAACACAACAGAGUCGUUUACAGAUUUGCCAUCAUAUCUUAAUGCCACCCAGGACUAUAACUCAACAUCCAUUCCACUUACGACAGCUUCUCAAAAUGCAAGUUCUUCACCAACAACACUGGGUGUUAAUUCUACUACUAGUGGAGCAAAUGCCACCCUGAAUGUGACGAGCAGCUACCCAGCAGGCCCUGUGCUGAACCAGACAGUUCCCAUGGUAACAACACCAGAGCAGAACACAACAACGCAGCGCGAGAACGUCUCCUUGGUUCCAGCCGUUCCAGACAGGACCACUGCCCCGGCAACCAUGACCCUCACCACCCCUGCAACCACAACCCAGCCCGGGGCCCAGUCCACAGGAGUGCUUUCUAUAAACCCAAACGCCACAAUGCCAGCAGAGGCUAGCACAGCCACCACAACAACAUCUACAGCUUCGCCUUCUGAUCCAGAAGGGUCAUCUCGGACCACCAUCUCUACAGUCACUACAGAAACCACCACACCGACCACAACCACCACGUCCAGCCCCGGUGAGCAGGCCAACCAGCUGCAGAACCUGACCAAGGACGUGUCGUCCCUAAACUCGUCCCAGGUGGCGCAGGUGGUGGAGCAGCUGGAGGGCAUCCUCUCCGGCCCCAACAUCAGUCUGGAGGUGGGCCGGGCUGUGCUGUCCAUCAUCAGCAACCUGCUAGGCGCCUCUGCCAGCACGUUGGGCUCCUCAUCAAACAGGAUAAUCCACGCUGUUGAUACUCUGGGUCAGAAGCUGGUUAUCGAGGGAGACAGCACGACAAUUGAAGCCGACUCACUGGUGUUAUCCACAACAAGGGUAGAUGGGAAUAAUUUCAAUGGCGGGGUAUUCAUCAUCGCAAACCAACAGAGUGCCCGAGCGAAGGUCAGGAGUGAACGCAGGAGUAAACGAUCAGAGAGGGAGUCGACGCUGGUCGAAGGAGACCUGGGCAUGGUCUCUCUGCCCCCCUCCCUGAAGCAGCACCUGAGCCCUCAGGAGCUGAAGCAGUUCUCCAGAGUCCAGUUCAGCUUCUACUCCAAGACCACGUUCUUUCAGGACCAAGCUCUGGACCAGUUCCAGUUGAGGCUCAACAGCCGUAUUUUGAGUGCCAGUGUGUCCAACUUGUCCAUCAGUAACCUCACAGAAGACGUGGAGAUUAUUCUAAAGAAUGACCAGCCCAUUCCGGAAAAUGCCACAGCUGUCUGCACGUUCUGGGACUUCAGCAAAAAUGGAGACUCAGGGGGCUGGAGCUCUGAGGGAUGUUCAGUGAAGAACACUACCAAGAACCAAACCAUUUGCAGCUGCAAUCAUCUCACCAGCUUUGCUGUCCUCAUGGAUCUGUCCGGAGAAGGCAUUACAGACCGCCUGCAGGCCACCAUCCUGUCCUUCAUCACCUACAUCGGCUGUGGAGUCUCUGCCAUCUUCCUCGCCAUCACCCUCCUCACAUACAUAUCAUUUGAGAGGCUCCGGCGGGAUAUCCCGUCCAAGAUCCUGAUCCAGCUGUGCUUUGCGCUGCUGCUGCUGAACCUGGUGUUCCUGCUGGACUCGUGGCUGGCCCUCUACCCGGACGCCGUGGGCCUCUGCAUCAGCACCGCCUUCUUCCUGCACUACUUCCUGCUGGCCUCCUUCACCUGGAUGGCCCUGGAGGCACUGCACAUGUACCUGGCCAUCGUCAAGGUGUUCAACAACUACAUGUCCCACUACAUGCUCAAGUUCUCCCUCAUGGGCUGGGGCAUUCCCCUCCCUGUUGUGAUCAUCGUAAUCGCAGUGGAUAAAAAUAACUAUGGCCUUGUCAAUUACGGAAAGUACGCCGAUGGGACUACAGAUGAUUUCUGCUGGUUCAGGAAUGACAUUGCGUUCUAUGUGGGCGUGGUGGCGUACUUCUGCUUGGUGUUCGUGCUGAACAUGUCCAUGUUCGUGGUGGUCAUGGUGCAGCUGAACCGGGUCAAGCGGCAGAACCCCCAGAACAACCAGCACCGCUCGCACCUGCAGGACCUGCGCAGCAUCGCCGGCCUCACCUUCCUGCUGGGCCUCACCUGGGGCUUCGCCUUCUUCGCCUGGGGGCCCGUCAACCUGGCCUUCAUGUACCUGUUCGCCAUCUUCAACUCUCUGCAAGGAUUCUUCAUAUUUGUAUUCCACUGUGCACUGAAGGAUAAUGUUCGCAGACAGUGGAGGAUUUACCUGUGCUGUGGUAGACUACGGCUUCCUGAGAAUUCAGAUUGGAGCCGAACGGCCACUCAGAACAACACAAAGAAGACAUCCUUGGCCACCAACUCCUCCGUCCACUCCUCCAACUCUGCCCUGACCCAGAGAACCUCCAGGAACUCCUCUAUGACCAGCGAUGUUCUAGAACAAUCUAACGGCAUCCACUCCCCAUUCGAGGACAGUUUGAUCACAGCUUUGGAAGACACAAAUGGCGAUGUUGUCCUCAAUGAGAUCAACAAUCCCUAUCGCUCCAGAAGACGGGAGUGAUGGGACUGGAUUGACCCAGAUGACCUUCAGGUGACCCAGAUGACCUUCAGGCUCAUCGCUUGUAUCGCAUCCAUCGACUUAAAUAAUGUUCUUAUUCAGAAAAUGUGAAAUGGGAGUAUUCACCAUGUCAAUCACUUUGAAUUAAAAGUGAUAUGAAAAGAGACAGCAAUGAGGACCUACCGUCAGGUACAGAAUCCUACACAAAGUUUAAAUGAAGUACUGUAUACGUCCGAUGCAAAGGUUUCUCACUCACUGUGGACUGCUGUGAGCUUUAGCCAAAUACAUUUCCCACUCGGCCCAAGGAACAGUAUUAUCGUCUUGACUGCUGGAAGCCUGAGUCCUGACCUUCAAACCCCCAGAGAAGCGUCUGGUCCACGGGUGGCCAGGGACUGUUGAGCUCUGACGUUCUGGACACAGGCCACGGCCAAGGCUUGACAGUCACUGAAAAUUAGAAAGUCACUGAAAAUGGCUCAGCUUUUGCCUUAUGUUGCUUGUGCUUUGUAAAUGACCAUUUAUAAAUUAUUGUAGACAUUUAACGCAAGGUCCCUCUCGUAAUGCCCAAAUGUCCUUUCAUUGGGCUUCAGUAAUUGAUUGUACACUAAUAUGUGAAGAGUGGAAAGAGUUGAGGUUUUUUAAACAAAUAUCGGCCUAAACAACAAUUCGGAACAACUUGUGAAACAACUGAGACUCAAGUGGUAUCCAACUCAUUCCAGAUACCAAAGGCUGUUUGGAUUGAUGUGUCUUUUAGAGCUGUUUCUUUUAUGAGGGACUAUUUAUGGUACUCCUCGGCAAUGAUUUCCUGCUUUAAAUGAAGGUUUCAAGGUAUAAAUGAAGGUCUUGGUCAAAUGAAGUAAGCCAAAGGUCAUACUGUAUGUUGCUACAUCCUACAGUAGAUUUAGAAAAUGUUUAUCAGCAUGUUGAAAAUGCUUCAUGGAAAUAAUUAUCAACAGCUGUCAUCUUGAUACAUUUUAUGACCAUAAAUUUAGUAGUAACAAUAGGAAGUUACUAAAGUAGUAACUAUAGACAGCUGCUGAAUCCUAUGACAGUACAUUUGCAUCACAGCACUUUUGAACAGUUUAGCACCAGUUGGCUUUGGCUAGUAGGUUCCUUUUCCUUUCAAGUGUCACCUGAGCCAACUACACGUUUGUGAUGACGGAUGCUGUUUUGCUUAUAAUAUUUCCCAUGCGAAAACAGUGCUGAGAGCAUACAGUAUGCUGUUAUUUAAUCAACGUCUCAGUUACUUUAGUAUGUCCAUGUACCACAUACAACAUAUGAUGGCAUGGACAAAAUAUACAAUAAUAAUGUUGUUGUCAUGUAUUCAAUCCUAAAUGUUAGAUGACUUCAUUUAGAUUCAUUUUUAAUAUGUGGUUUUCAUUCUAAUGUGUUUUUCACAUUUUGAAGAAUGUAGAUUUUAAGACAUAAACCAGUAAAUAGUGAUCUAUUUUUUAUAGAGUGUAAAACACCCCAAUAAUUAUUAUAUUUUACAUCUCAUGAUGAUGGUGAUGCUUCCUUCAACAGAUUUAAUAAAUAUAUCUUUUACAUGUAGAUUUAACUUGUACCAGCUUUCAAUCUGUAAAUAUCAAUGCAAAUACAUUUAUGCCAGACAAUUUUCAAACCAUGAAUUUCAUUGUGUAAAUCUGUGUGU